GUAAACCGUUCAGAAAUGUUGUAAACACAACAGUCGUAAACGGAUAUUUCCCAUAUGUGGUCUCUAUAUGUGUCACAGAGCGAUAAGUAAUAUUCUUCAUUUUCGAAACCAGACGUACCUAAACCACGAAUACCUCACACUUCGGAAGUGUCUAAUCAAAAACAAAGAUGGAGACUGUCAACUUGACAAGAUCUGUUCUGGUGUGCAACAUGUUCCACUUCUGUUUUGCAGCUGCAAAGGCAUCGCUCAUACCCUUUCUGACAAUCUUUUGCCGUCUCAUCGGCCUGUCUGCUACAGAAACAGGCAUCAUAAUGGCUGCUAAGACUGCAACUGGGUUUGUGUGGGCACCGUUAUGGUCCAAGUGUGCAAUAGCUUACAACAAAAGGAGAACUGUUCUCAUGUUCUCGUUGUUCAUUAUGGCAGCAACAUAUCUCUCACUUUCAUUUGUGUUCAGUCAUCUGAAAAAUGCAGAAGCUAUAUGUCAGACACCCAGGGAUGGACAUGUUGGAAACACUAGUAAGUCAUAUCUCAAUACCACCUUGACAACACAGCCACCAGUUAGUAAGCAUCUUCAAAAUGCUGUGAAGGAUCAGUCAUUAGCUGAUAAACUAACUACUGCAUCUGUUUUGGGUGAAGGAGGAACCAGUGUAGCUACAACUAUUAGAACUACAACUGAAACAGCUUCUACAACAAAACAGACCACAACAACAAAAAUCUCAUCGACAACUUCUUCACCAUCUACCACUGUCAAAGUGAAAGAGCCAUCAACUACUGUUUCAUCUGCAUCUAACCUGCACAAGCCAGUUAACGAUACAGAUGCAGACAUCAUUGGCCUUAUAAAACAACUGUUGCAACAGAUAGGAUACACUAUCAAGGACAUUAAGGACAAUAAACUCACGUCUAAGGAGGUGUUCUUAUUGAUUACCACACAGUACCCUGACACAGGGUUAUCUCAGGCUGUGUUUGAUGAUCUUUGGCCAAAAUUGAUGAAUUCUGAAGGAAGGACCAGCCACAGAGGAGGAAACAGGCACACAAGAGACAUCCAUGACACAUGGAACUCUUUCAAGGGCAAGAUGACGAAUCUAGUUACUGAGAUCGAGGAGAGGAAGAUGGAGAUGUUCCUCAUUGUCCUUGUGGUUGUGAUGCUAGGUGAGUUCAUGUGUUCUCCUAUCGAAAAAGUGGCUGAUGAUUCUUGGUUUGAUUUCCUGGACAGAGUUGAUGAUCUGGAGAAGUAUGGGAAACAGAGAUUAUCAGGCUCAAUUGCAUUCACACUUUUCCCGCUCAUUGUGACCUUAGCUGUGGAUUACUCUGAUUGUUUGCUUCCAUACAAGCUCCAUCAUUUUCUCAUCCAUUUUUAUGUGUUUGGUGUCUUCAUGGGACUGACAUUCUUGAUCGCCUUUUUCUACCCGGUGCCACCUCCUGAAAAGAAGAGAACCAAGAGUAAGGUUGUGAGAGGACUGCAAAUAAUCUGCUGUGACUGCCGUGGUUUCCUUUAUGUGGUCACUCUGCUCAUCAUGGGAGCUACCUAUGCCUCAGUUCACAACUACCUGUUUUGGCUCAUCCAGGACCGUGGAGGAAAGGAGGUGAACAUGGGACUCUGUGUCACCAUUGGUGCCUUUGUUGAAAUCCCAAUGCUCAUGUUCAGCAGCAAGUUGGUGAAUAAAAUAGGAAAUGCUGGAGUUGUGACACUUUCCCUCCUGGCAAUGACUGUCCGUACACUAUAUUAUUCCUUUUUGAUGGUGCCUUGGGCAGUACUCCCAGCUGAACUAUUGCAUGCAUUCACUCAUACUGCUAUGUGGUACGCUAUUCUCAGCUAUGAAGAUUUCAAUGUUGGUCCUGCUGUUGACAGAAGUAUCCGAUCCAUCCUAUCGUCCGUAUACUUUGGUGUUGGCUUUUCUGCUGGAAGUGUGUUUUCAGGCAUAUUGUAUGAUUUGUUUGGUACGUCUGUGCUGUAUUGGACAGGAAGUGUCCUUACUGGGAUUUGGGCAUUGGUGUACCUGGUCAUCUCUCUGUGUCUUCCAAAGAAGGAGAAAAUCAAGUAUGUGCGUCUUCUCCGAUCAGAUGAUAUGGAUGAUUCUGAUGGAGAUGCUGAUGACUGGCUCGAAAUGGCUCUCAAGGACCAGUAAAAGAUCUGGUAUUAUUAUCACGAUCAUUUAGCAGUUGUUUUGUAUUUUAUGUAUGUAUUUAUGUAUUUGAUUUUGAUUGUAGUCAUCGUAACUAUUUCAUGGAUGUAUAUAGUUGGAGUCGUGUCAGUUCAUUUUGAAAGAGAGAAUUUGCAAGAUAUAUUGCAUCAUACUGUUAAACUGAAAAUGAAAGCAUGGUUCAUUAAUAUCAUUUAAACCCAUGUGCCAUAAUUCUUUUUGAACAUGUUGAGAUAGUCUUUGAUGUGAAAGGUAAGAUCAUCCUGUCAAUUGGUACCAAGGGCUUGUGACUUACGUUUGACAGGUGAACUCAUGCAGACUAAUGCAACAUGACAAAAUACUGAUGUUUGAGAGACAACUGGAACAUAUAUAACAUGUUUCAAGACUGGAAUAGCCUAUUUUAUUGGUUGGAUUUGUAUGCUUAUACAUGUGUUUGUUAAGUACUAUACAUGUUAUAUCUUUCCAAAAACCAGCUAAAAUAUAUUGAAUCUCUGUUAUUUGUAUGGAAAGGAAAUAUGACUGAAAGUGAUUGGAAUUCCAGUUUCAAACAAGGCUAUUUAUUUGUAAAUUUGUCUUAGAAAUAAUGUUAUUGCCAGUAGUGUGUCAGUAAUCUUGGUGGGUAUUUAUGUUAAUGUUGCUUGGUGGUGAUGCCAUGUUUUGGUGAGGAAUUAUAUAUCUCAUAUAUGUUGUUGUUCCUCUAGUACAUUGCGAAGGGCAUGGACCUAUUUGAUUGAUUGAGGGCAAGGGCUUGUACAUGGUGAGUGUCUUGUUUGAAAGGAAUGUCCAUGAUAUUUGAGGAUGUGUGGUGGUUUGGAAUCAACAGGUAGUCAUUGUGUGUACGUAAUAUGGAAACUUGUCAGGCAUAGAAUAAUAGAUGUGUGUUUAUUGAAAGUUAAACAUAGACAGUGUUAGAUGUAUUAAUCAUGUUAGGAAUCGGAUUCACCAUAUUCAUCGUAGUUAGUGCUCUUGGAUCAGUUCCAAAAUACAGACUUAGUCCUGUGACCAUCAUCCUCACAUGGGCAAAACAAAGCCUAUUUUUUGGUCCACCAUGAUAUUGCUUGAAUAUUAUUUAAUCUAAAGUGGAACAAUACCUACCCCGGUAGCAUAAAUGACAUGUGGUAGGGCAUUUGCUGAUGGUGUGGUUUUAAGUUCUGUAUUUAUCCUCUUACCGUUGUAUUUAUUGUAAAUCGCCAGACAAUUUGAGAGAAAGUACAUUAUGUUCUCCUUGGGGUGAACAGGUGUCAAACUUCAGCAUUCAUGAGACCCUAAGGGUAUGCUGUUGUCUGAACCUGCUUCCCAACAGUCCAAUAUUUACUGUCCCUGGGCACUCGUUAGGUUGAAUAUGCUGCAUGCUCUUGUUUGUGUUUGUGUUUAGUCAGAUCGUAUGCCUGAAGCCUGACUUGAUCUUAAGUGGUUUGGGGAGCUCACAAUUUUCAAUUAGUUGAAGUCCAAUGUGGAAAUGAACGCAGUGGUUUCAGUGAGAGAGCGUGUUCACAGAGCAUGAUGCAUGAAAAACACUAUGUAUGUAGUAUGUUAUGCGUUAUCCAUGAAAAAGAGACAUUCCAACCAAAGGCAUUCAGAAAUAGACAUACAUCCCAUUUUCGCAUGAGUAAAGCUUCAAUAUUCAUGAGCUUUGAGCUCUGAAUAGUACACAGUACAAAAGUACACAGACCUUUCUGACUAGCAUUGUUUGAUAUUGUUCACAUCACUACCAUGACCAUGAUGACUACGGUUCUUAUUUUUAGUACUUCCAACUUGAUUGUAUCCAAGCUGUACUGGUUCUUUCCUCAUGAACCCCAUCAUGAGAAACUACCAAAUGUUUUAGAUUGUGAACCAUAACCAGUUUCAUAGAAGAGUUUUCAAAAGUCUCAAUGUAAUAUUUCAAAAGUCUCCAUGUCCAUGUUUCAUUGACUUGGAAGUUGAAACCACAUGUCAACCACUCCAUAUCAAAUGCUGGUUGUAAAUCAGAUAUUUUUACAUGAAUAUUUUAUGUGUUAUAUAAUGAAAGUGGCCUUCCUCUGUAAUGUAUUAUCAUGCUGUAUGUGUCUUUGCUACUUUAAUGUAGCGAAUUGUUUUAUGUGUUUUGAUAUCUCCAUGACACUUAAACAUCAUUCCAUGCACGGCCCAUGCCAACAGUACACGAUCAUUUACCAUUGGUCAGGAUUUCAGUUCUUGUUUAGUAGAAUACAGUCACUUCCUGCUGACAUGACCUUGUGUGGUUUGCCAGUAAUGAGUAUGUAUAUGUUACAUGAUAUAAUCAUUCACCAUUGGUCAGGAUUUCAGUUCUUAUUUAGUAGAAUACAAUCACUUCCAUCUGACAUGACCAAUGUGUUGUUUGCCAGUAUAUACAUGAUAUAAUCAUUCACCACUGGACAGAACUUCACCCUUAAUUGUUUUUGAGCAGCCACUGGAGAAGGGGAGGGAGCUGUCUUGAAUGUGUGCCAUGUUAAUGAUAGUUACAUUAUGAUCAGCUUGAGAGAAACUGGUACAGGGUGUGUUUGAAGCUCAUUAAGUGUGUAGGUCUACUAUUAUGACCUUUAUGAUUUGCAUUCUCCAUGCCAGCAUUGGAACUAGUUUCCUGUACAUGACUCGCACUGAUGGCAGUCCUAAAACUAAUCAUGCCAAUGUAACCAUGGUAACAGAAUAACCUUGAAGUUGAAACCUUGAAACAAGGCUGUCAUGUUACAGAAACUUUAUGCAGCAUUAUGUGGCAUCACAUGUUUUAAGGUCAUUACAUGCAUUAUCACUACUGCACUUCUCCUCGAGGCAUCAUAGUUUGUGAAAUAAGUUAAGUGAACUGGUUGUGACAAACUCAUAAUGCUGAUGUUGCUCACUGUAUUCUCUCUCCAUCUGUUAGUUUUCAUGAUGGUCCCAGGCAGUAGCACAACAUCAGGACCUGGAGGUGUUAAUAUUUGUAAGAAUUAUUGAUAGGUGUCACAUUACACUGUGACUAUUGACUUUAAUGUAUUACACUUGUGUUCUCUGUGUAUAUGAAUCUUGCAGUGAUGGCAUCAGAUCAUUGUCUCAUGUGAAUGUUAAGGAAAUUGAGGAGGUCAGAAUUUCAACAAUACUAAUUUCAGUUUGUGAUUGCCAUUUUCUCUCAUCUGUGCUCUCUGUCUCAUUAGUAAACAAAGUUCAUGGUUACCGUAGUUUACUAGACACAUUAAACACAACAUGAUGCAUUAUAGUGCUUUGGUUGACAAUCGAAAGGUAAUCAUUUCAAGUUCGUUUUAUUUCUUUUCAAAACAACAUGUUGAUAACAAAAGAGGCAUCAUUAUUAUGUUAUAUUGUAUAAAAAUAUUUACAGACUGAUCCAUCAUAUGUAUUUUUAUAUGAAUAAUGAAUUCUUAUGAACAUGGUUAUUGAAAAGGUUGCUACAUGUUUUGGAUGUGCAUAUUAAUGUUAAACUGUAUGCAACUACAACUUUCAUCAUAGAGCAAUGCUUUCCUACAUCUGUAUUAACAUGGAGCAUUAUCCACAGCCUCACUGUGGAUCAGAAUGGGAUCUGUUCCUGGGCAUGUGUUUAUUGUCAAACCUAUGUCCAACAUAGAGCAUACUAAACGAUGUCCCGUGUAAUACCAUAUUUAUGAAAUGAGUGAAUGGUUUGGUAUCUAACGAGCGAAAGUGAGUUAGAUACCAGUACCAUUCAUGAGUUUCAUAAAUACGGUAUUACACGGGACAUAGUUUAGUAUUUUAUUUAUUACUCACACAACAUUUGCAAAAUAAUAUCGAGCAAAGUACUUCUUUCUAAGAAUUCAACAAGAUUGAUGACCCUCAGCUUUCUGCGAGUCAAGCAAGGUCUAAUACUAUUGUGACAGAGGUGACACAAUGUGUAAUAACAUUGUAAAAUUAUUAAACAGUGAUAUCUUCAACGGGUGAGUAAUAAAGAUAAUUUUGUUAUACAUGUUAUUGGUUGUAUGGGACUGGGGCUGCCUGAAAAUCAUUUUAAUGAUUGGUUAGAGUAUGAUUUUUAUGUCAUGGAGAAUGAUGGUUGUGUUGAUGCCAUGUACCACAGUGCAGUUUGUGACAGCUCAAUUAUUUACUUUUUACAUACAAUAUCUAUAUUUUGGUGCAGAAAUAUAAUGUUCUGUUCUCAUACUACCCAACUAUAUAUGUAUGUGUUUUGGUGCUGACAAACAGUUAUAUAUACUGAGAGAAACAAAUAAAGGAUCACAGGAAUAUCCAAGCUUUCCUUUAUUAUAUUCC